ACGAGGCGGUCGGCGCCCAUCAAUGCAUCACCACUGAUCAAAAGUUAACUUUAUUACUCCAUUACUAUAUAGAGUCUGCACAGGACCGCGAGGACCACAGCUUCCCAAGUAUUAAGCAAAAUCCACCACUACGACACCGGUACGAAUACAAAAGAAUCUCGUUACUGGCUAGUGGGGGAAAAGGUGCGAAUAGACCCGAUCAUGCAACUAGGCGAUCUACGACGCGAAACAGAAGAACAGAUUUCUCGCCAUAGAGAAACGGUUUCGCAUGAGUUACAUAUCAUAGCUACAAAAAGUCGCUUCCUCAAUGACCUUGUCCCCGUGACAAAGCUCUUCCCAGAGAUUCUCGCAGAUAUCUUCAUCUAUUUCGCUGCUGAUCCGUUCUCUUAUGGUGAAUAUGGCUGUUCUACAGGACCCUACAGCUGGAUAGUCGUUACACAUGUCUGCCACCGGUGGCGUGAAGUCGCUUUGGGCACGCCGAAGCUAUGGAGUUUUCUUCAUCUAGGUACUCCCGAACGUGUCGAAGAGUUCCUUGCACGCUCCAGUCAUGCGCUACUGCAUGUGAGGCCUUGGAGCUCCCAUAGCAAUGAGAGUCAGGUAUGGGGUUGGGGCUACAGCAAUUCCCGCCCCAUGCAACCUUCUGCCAGUGCGGCCUCCUUGAAAUUGAUCCUAGCGCAGUCUCCCCGUAUACAGACCAUCUCCUUGGCGUUACCCAAUAAUGUUCUCGAGCGUGCGUUCUCCAUCUUCAACGCAAAUGCUGGAGGAUUCUAUGCUCCUGCUUUACGAACACUCAAGUUCAUAAGCACGCACCCCUCAUCCUUCCCAAAUAUCCUGAACAAGUGCAGACUUCCAAAAUUGAUGCACAUCGAACUCCGAGGAUACGGCAUACCAUGGCAUUUGUCCUUCUUCCGUACCAAUCUACGCAGUCUUGUCCUUCACAAUAUAAUGACGUCCCCACCCAACAACUCGGACACUGUAGGAAAUCUUCUCACCGCCCUUUCGCACAUGCAGGCACUUGAGUUGCUGGAGGUGGUCUGCGAGUAUUGCAAUGGGGCGUGCGAGAGCAUCAGAGCUCAUGGAAGUUUUCAUUCUGUGGAUCUUCCUUGUUUACAGACGUUACGAGUACGCCUGGACGCCGCAUCUAUUGAUGUCAUCCUGUCUCAUUGCACUUUUCCCUCGACCACGACAAUUGCAUUCAAGACCGACGUGAGGCACGCUCAUGGCUGGGGGCCAUUCGGCACGAUUCAGGAGGAUGUAUCCGAUGAGGACAAAUGCAAUGUCCUACGCUCUAUUAUAAGGAAGUCAGUGGAUAUUCCGGGGCAGAUCACCUCGUUUACAGGCCUGUCCAUACACUUCGAUUCGCUGCAACCUGAACCUAACCCACAUUAUCCAAAUUCACCUGGUGUGCAACCGAACGAGAUGACCCUGACAACAUACACCUUUGACCCUUCAUUGGGCCAACUACAAGUUGAUGAAAUUUUACCACCUGCGAAUUUCACCAUUCGCUUCUCAUUUCGUCGGGGAGGGCAGGCUCCAACGAUGCUGCAGAAGCUCCUAUUGGACCUGCCACUCUCAAACGUGGUUUACCUUAAUGUAGGCUCCUCAACAAUCUGUAGGGUAUCUCCAAUCGCCAAGGAGAUGGCGUCAUUCCUCGCAGAGCUUAUUGGUCGAUGCUCUCCUUCCGGUCUUGACAUUUUGCGAAUGUCGGGGCCGAGUAUUGACGUAUUGCGUUUCCUCAUGUCGCAACCCACGCAGGAUGGGUUAGAUGAGAGGAGCUUUGAACCGGGGCCGACGCUGGGUGACAAAGGCUUGUUUGGAUGCUUGCGGUCUCUCAUGCUUAGUGACAUGAGAGCAGGCCCGGAUUGGAACGCAUACGAUGGUGUACAAACUCACAACUUAUUUGAUUCGAUCCGAACAGAAGCACAGCGAUACAAGUGGAGUUGCGGUCGCUUCUCUUCUCUGAUUCUGCAACGUUGCGAGGACCAGCGAGAAUGGGCGUUAGAUCUCGUUGAUGCGUUCUCUGAAUUGUUUUGUCAAGAAGGUCGUUUCACUCAAGAUCUUCCGCAGUUGCCUUACAUCCAUAUGAUCCAAAGUCCGCCAUCGCCUCCUUUGACUCCCUAUCCCGAGCCCGCUCCGUGGCUACCAGACGACUACCCGGAUAGUGACUUGGACCGGUACGGUUGGAGUCCGAUGACUCCAUUUGUGCCGCCAGCCACGGGUGAUUGGGUAGAUCAUCUACUGUAUGGCCGUGUUACCUUCGACUAUCGAGGUAACGGUGGAGUAACAACUGAGCAGAACGUCACAGCAACGGUUGAAGUUGGUCAAUUUCUCUGAUUAAGUAGUAGGUUCCGACGAAAGCACCAACCGAAUGUAAUAUUCCCAAGUAUUUCAAGCCGAUACCUUCCUGUUUAUACACGUAUGUUGAAUUAUGGGUAUAUUGAAUCGCUGUACUAGAUGCCGCGAACCCUUUCAGCAUUUCUUUUUUGUUCAAGUCACUGUGGCUCCCAUCGGAAAACCCUAAGCUGC